AUGAAGCGAAUUUUGAGCAUUUUUUUUUUAAACAUUUUUGUUUUGUUUUUGCUAUUGCUUUCCGUGGCGCAGAAUUACUGUGAUCCGGCGCUUUGUCCGGCCGGAUUGCGUCAUGUUGUGUGCGGCAAUAGCGGUCAAUUCGCCAGCGGCUGUCGCGGCGAAUUCGUCCCAAUCGAUGCACACAUACCCCUCAUACUGAAGGAGCACAACGAUCGCCGCAAUCUGCUGGCCGGCGGCGGCCUGAGCGGCUUUCCCAGCGCCCUGCACAUGGCCACCAUGGCGUGGGACUCCACACUGGCCCAGCUGGCGGCCUAUAAUACGCUGCAGUGCCGCAUGGCGCACGACGAGUGCCGCAACACGAACACCUAUCGCUAUGCGGGCCAGAACCUGAGCGUUCUCUAUACGCGCAGCAUUGAUGUGGCCGAGUUUCUGCGCCAGCGGAUUGCCGCCUGGUUCGAGGAGUAUCGCUCGGCGACCAGCGCCGACACGGAAGUCCAUGUGCCACGUGCCGGACCGGCCAUCGGCCACUUCACGACCAUGGUGAAUGAGCGCAACAAUCGCAUUGGCUGUGCCAUUGCUCGGUACACGGACGCGAACGGUUUGGGGUCUACUUUGCUCGCCUGCAACUAUGCGGUCACAAAUGUGCGCAACAAUCCGAUCUAUAGGGCCGGUCCGCCGGCCUCUGAGUGCAUCAGGGGUCGCAAUCCCAACUACUCCAAUCUCUGUGCGGAGAAUGAGGAAUAUAACUAUAACACCUGGUCCACUUGA